AUGGCCGAAUCCAACGAAUCCAAGCCGGUUGUGCCGGUCCAGAGAUCGACUAAGCCCGUCAGCGAGGCCCUGCUGAACGAGAAGUGGGAUCGCGCCAUCUCCUCGAUGCUUAUCCGCUCUUCGCUCGGUCUGUCGUUCGGUGUUGUCUUCUCGGUUCUCCUGUUCAAGCGCAGAGCGUGGCCCGCGUGGGUUGGUCUUGGUUUCGGAGCUGGACGUGCGUGGGAGGAGGCAGACUCUUCCUUCCGCCGGGGUGACUCGCCUUUGAGAGAUGCGCUGCGUCGGUAG